AUGGACAAGAAGCCUAUCCAUCCUUUUCAUAGCAAUGAAGAUGCAGUCGAAAUUUCAAGAGUACUGAGAGAGGUUCCACCAGCUGACUACCUAUUUCAAAUCAAAUCGUUUUCAUUGCUUUCCAAGACAAAAGAGAAAAGAUUUGAAUCAAGUGACUUUGAAUCAGGUGAUUACAAAUGGAAAUUGUGUCUGUACCCGAAUGGAUAUGAGAAGGAAAAUGGGAAAGGACACAUCUCUCUAUACUUGGCAAUAUCGGAUACAGAUACAUUACCUCUUGGUUGGGAGGUUAAUGUCAAAUUCGACUUGUUUGUGUAUGAUCAUAUCCGUGACAAGUACCUGACCAUCCAAAAUGCUGAUGGGAGAGUAAGACAUUUCCACAGGUUUAAGACUGAGUUCGGUUUCGCAAAAUUACUUUCCCUCGACACUUUCAAAGAUGCUUCUAAUGGAUACCUCAUUGAUGACUCCUGUAUGUUUGGAGCCGAGGUUUAUGUCAUUAAAUCUACUGGCAGAGGAGAGUGUCUUUCUUUCGAGGAAACUUCUGUCGAUUGUUACAAUUGGGAGAUCCAAAAAUUUUCAGAAAUAGAAGAUGAGCAGUUGUUCUCUGAAACUUUCACCAUUGGAAAGCAAAAAUGGAAGAUGGUUGUUUAUCCCAAAGGAAAUGGCUGUGAAGAGGGCAAAAGCUUAUCCGUCUUUCUACGUAUAGCUGAUUGCGGAUCCUUUCCAACAAAGCAAAAAUUAUAUACAGAAUUUAGCUUGCGAGUAAAAGAUCAAGUCAAUGACAAUCACCACGAAAUGAAAUUUGAUGGUUGGUUCUGUGACCCGAGCAAAGGCAGGGGUUUUGUAAAGGCAAUUUCUCUUGCAGAUCUCCAUGACACAAGAAAGGGCUUCAUAAUACGAGAUAUUCUGGUUGUUGAAGUACAAAUUCAUGUGAUGUCUGAUUUGAAACAGUUCUCUUAA